ACCAUUGGAUCAUGCUUUUGUCGAUCAGUGAGCUCUUCCUGAGCGGCUGCCCGGGCAUUGUGGGCUAUUAGGAAAACCUCAGGCCUGCGAUUCCUCCGGGAGGAGGAGCAGCUCCCUCUGUCGGAUUAGAAUCUCCCUUCUGAGGAGGUGGCCUAUAAAUCUGGAAGGGCCCCAAAUAAGGGAGAAUAAACAGGAACGGGACCUGGACCUGGCGGGUCACCGAUAAUGCAAGAAAGAAAGAGGAAGAGAUGAGGUAUAGUUAUUAACAUCUGUUGGAUUUUAAACUAGAAACCACCUUGAGACUACUUCCACUUCCAAGUUUCUUGUUGCAAACAAAGGGACAGUCUUAAAAAACAUGGCAAAAGUGAUUCACAAAUCACUUUGACGUCCUCCAACUGAACUGUAAUCUCAAGGCUUUCAAGACAAAGGAGACAAGAUGAAGAGAUCUUUGCUCUUCUGUGGGCUUCUGGCUGGGCUUUGUGGAACCAUUCUCGUGACAGCUCAGUAUGGAGAUGAAGAUGAAGAUGAAGGGAGAAUUCUUGUUGAUAACAAGUGUAAAUGUGUCCGAGUGACUUCCAGGCUAGUUCCUUCAAAAGACAAUCCAGAAGAGAAGGUUGUGGAAAGAAAUAUUCGACUCAUAGUGCCACUGAGGAACAGAGAGAAUAUUUCUGAUCCCACUUCUCCUGUGAGAACCCGUUUCGUAUACCGGCUGUCUGACCUCUGUAAAAAAUGUGAUCCCACUGAACUGGAGCUGAACAAUGAGGUUGUUACUGCCACCCAGAGCAAUAAUUGUGAUGAUACCAGUGAAACCUGUUACACUUAUGACAGAAACAAGUGUUAUACAUCUACUGCUGCUCUUUAUCUUGAAGGGGAGACCAGACUGGUGACAACAGCAUUGACCCCAGAGUCCUGCUAUAACGAUUAACGAAAAACCUUCAUUGACUAAAAUCUUUCCCUGCCUUCCAUACAGCUCUCUGCUUCCAUUUUGAAAUGGCACAUUUUUGUCAUCACCAAACAUAUGGCCUCAAAUAUCUGUUUCUAGAAUGAUCCUCAUUCUAUUUUUUCUCCAUCCCAUUGAAAUGCUAAAAUCCAGGACAUACCUAUAGUAUGAGAUCUCUGUUUCACUCCAGGUCUAUAUUCAUUGAGCUCAAUUCUUCACUAUACUCAUUACAUAUCCCAGUGCCUAGAAACAUGGGGAAUGAGUUUCCCCAAAUUUGUAACUCAGUGAUAGGCAUUCUCUCUCUCUUUCUCCUUUGCACAUGUCAGUUUAUUUUUACCCCAAAAGAAUACACUUCUGUGCUAACUGAAGAAAUAUAGAGGUAGACAUAAUUACAUCUUGUACUAUUAUUAGCCAUAUAUUAAUUGGUGGAUUUUAAUUCAUUUAAAAGUACUUAAAGAAUUUAAAACAUUAGAAAACAGGAACCACAAUAUCACACAAAACAGAUAUGAACAUAUUUCCCCAGAAAACAAAGUGGUUGACAGUUAUGUUGUGAAAAUAGUCAAUUUUUAAAAAUGAUUCAUUUUUGGAGUAGUAGUUUAGGUAUCAUCAAGUCCCACUUCUUAUCCUAUUUUUCUUUCUAUGUAAAAGCAAAAAUUCUAAUUUAAUGAAAAAACUAAUUAAUAUUAGAAUACUGAAACCCAUGCAUUGUCAUUUGUUACAGGAAAUAUAUUGAAUCUCUACUUCACCCUGGAUAUUGAAUAAUUGUCUUUUUCUUUUUGGCAAAAAAUGUUUGAGAAAUUCUGUUCUGGAAUAAACCAUGUUAUGGCUUUAA